AUGGUCUGUAUCCUGGCAAUCUUAUUAUAUACGGGCCUUAAAUCGCAGCAAAAAGAUCGAUUAGUUAUCGCAAGCAGGAAUAAACUGGUUUCUUAUGCCGUCUAUGGAGUUGAUCAUGAUUAUCAAUUACCCGUUAUUUCCAAAAAUUCUGAUAUAUAUACUACUCAUGGCCACAUGGAUUGGGCUGGCACGUACAUCAAGGCAUAUUGCUCAUAUACAAAGUCAUUCCCUGAUUUAUGGAGUUUUGUCAUUGCCAAAUCGACAGACUUAACGGACAGCUACCAUAUAGGAUUCAGUAACGACGCAAAAUCGGAGGAUGAUUGCCUCCAGCAUAUUUCUGAUGUUAAUAAUCGCCAAUAUGGGUCUGAUAUUAUACUGGCAUCAGGACUCCUCAAUACGAAAGAAUGUAAUGAACGUCUACUAGUCAGCCUAGUAUAUCAGCGUAGAAUAGCCGCAACUGAUGGGUUCGAGCUAGAGACAGUAGACUACAGUAAAAAAGUUCCUGAGAUCGGCUUCGAUGAAUACAUUCACAUAGCCAAUGUAGUUUUAAAUGGAAAAUUCAUCAAAGUUGUGAGUAAAGGGUCUACAAAAUACGCGCUUGCCUGGAGCCAAGGCCACCUAUGCAUAUUUAAACGAGAGAAAUCUCGAAAGGUCUGGGUUCAGCAUACUCGCAAUGGCAUGGAGAUGGACUCCGGCAAAGAAAUCUUCGAUUUUAUUUACAACAAUGAUUCAGAUAUAAAGCGAUUCUGUGAUCUAUUUCUCAAUCCGGAGAAUAGUCGUCAUUUGACGAAAUUCAGAUCGAAACUCUCUUCAAAUAAAUACAAAUCUCUAGCUAUACAUGAUGAUGAUGUCGGUUCGAUGCAUGAAAAUCAGAUCAGAAGAUCACGGUCAGAAAAUGCGGGCGGCAUUAUUGUCGACAUCCAAUUAUGGUGGAAUAGAUGGAUCCCGGAUCUUACAGCCGAAAUCGGUCGUUAUGAUAUAGAAUUCAUUGAAUAA